AUGGUCUCUCCAGCAUUACACAAUCUAACUGUAAGUCACAAGAAAUACCAGGAUAUAGCCCAGAACAUAGAAAAAAGGUUUAUACACCACAAGUACUUAUCAGAUGCGUUUGCCGAUUCAUGCGUCAGUGAACUUGAUGGAUCUAUCAAUAAUCAAACGUCUACGUCGUCAACCUCAUCCACUUCAUCCACUGCCGACCUCAUCAAAAAAAAGAAAAGCUACGCAAAUAUCAGAAGUUCUAAAUCUAGAAGAGGCAUUAUCAUAUGCUUCACCACUUCUAAAUUAUCUCCCGAUGCUUGCGAAUCGAAAACUUGCAUAAAAGCUGACCACGAACCAUCUAAAGUACGUCUUUGGGAAGGCUCUCUCGAAGACGUAUCAUCUGAAAUUGAAAAGGAGGUAUUGAGCAACUUAAUGGAGUAUACAAGACGAGAUACCAAAGCCGCCGGUAUACCUGACUUCAAUUGUCAUAAAGUUGCAAUUGCGAAAUUGGAUAAAGACUUUACGUUAUUGUUGCCAAUUGAAGUCAAAAGGAAAAACAUAUAA